GACGCUGUGCUAUAGAAGAUGCACUAUUACCGAUAUUCUAAUGCAGAAGUCAGCUGUUGGUACAAAUACCUGCUCUUCAGCUACAACAUUGUCUUCUGGCUGGCUGGAGUGGCCUUCCUUGCAGCUGGUCUGUGGGCAUGGAGUGAAAAGGGUGUGUUGUCUGAUCUGACGAAGGUGACUGGUCUUCAUGGACUGGACCCAGUGGUGCUUGUCUUAGUAGUGGGAAUAGUGAUGUUUACUUUGGGAUUUGCUGGUUGUGUAGGAGCACUGAGAGAAAACAUCUGCCUUCUGAAGUUUGUAAGUAACAUCGUUAUAGUUCUGUGGAGCUUGGAGCUGGCAGUGGCAGUUUUGGCUUUCCUGUUCCAGGACUGGGUGAGGGACAGGGUGAAGGAAUUCUUUGAGAAUAACAUUAAAUCCUACCGAGACGAUAUUGACCUCCAGAACCUAAUUGAUUCGCUACAGAAAAUCAACCAUUGCUGUGGUGCCCAAGGUCCAGAUGACUGGGACUUUAACAUAUACUUUAACUGUAGCAGUGAAAGCAAAAGUCGUGAGAAGUGCGGUGUUCCUUUUUCCUGUUGUAUACCUGAUCCUGCCCAAAAAGUUGUGAAUACGCAGUGUGGCUAUGAUGUGAGAAAGAAGAGCAAGAGUCAAUGGGAUGAUCAGAUCUUUGUCAAAGGAUGUAUCCUUGCUCUUGAAGCUUGGUUACCCCGAAAUAUCUACGUUGUUGCAGGUGUCUUCAUAGCUAUCUCACUGCUUCAGAUUUUUGGGAUUUUCCUAGCCAGGACAUUGAUUUCGGAUAUUGAAGCUGUAAAGGCAGGUAAUGCCUUCUGAAUAUGAAAGCAGACACGUUGCAAAAAAAGUAUAUUGUUACUCAUUGGACACCAAGGUGGAAGAAAUGCACAGACCAUAAACAUUCCUGUUACUAAAAGCUUUUAUGUGGAUUUUACCCUGCUCAUGCUUUUUGUUAGAAGCUGGUACAAAAAAAAAUCUCCGAACAUACACACACACCUGUCUACCUUUUUUCUAAUGAGACAACUCGGUGUACCAGCAUUGAUCUCUGAGGAAGAAAUGGAAAUUCCCAAGACAUUGGUGGAAC